CCAACCCAGGAGCCCUCAACAUCGGUGCUGGAUCCCACAAGACAUGAAGGCGUGAAAUGUGGACUGGUUAAUCUCUAGCAUCUUGAAUUUGCUAACCGUUGUCUUCUUCCACCAGCCAAGUUGGCUUCUCCUCGUCUGUCCGGGGGGCUGCUCUUGAAAGCUCUCCGCGCAGUCACGCCCCCAUCGUCCAGCUGCUUUUCAAGUCGCGGUAGCUUCCCCAGCCAUUUCAUCCUUCGAGCAUUGUCUCGUCCCGCAGCAGGCUGCGCUCGAGUUUCUUUUUCCACAACUGCACGCGCCCUCAAGUCGCAACCUGGGCAGUUCCGCUCGAAAUCUGGACGGCCUCCCCUCAACCCCGACGUUGUUGUCUUCCCUGCUCCGAAGCUCGACUCGAACAGCUCUGGAACAAACCGUUAUAUCGUCUAUGAUCCUUCCUCCACUAAAUUCAGCGGACUUGACCAUUUGCCUAGUCCUUCUCCGGGAAACAAACCAAUGAAGUUCUUCUACCAGAUCCUCACGACGCCUACGGCGGACACGCCAGGCACGACUCUACUGCUCAAUUUCCCCGAAAAGCGCUACUUCUUCGGUCAGAUAUCAGAGGGUACUCAGCGGGCAUGUACGGAGCGCGGGGUCAGAUUGUCCUAUCUUACGGACAUCUUCCUGACUGGUCGAACGGAGUGGGCGAAUAAUGGAGGACUGAUCGGAGCGGUCCUGACCCAGGCGGACGCGAUAGCCAAUGCUGCGGCAGCUAUUGCAGACUCUGAGCGUGAGAAGGAGGCCCGCCGUAGAGCAAACGAGACACCCGAACAGACUGCUGAACGGCUGCGCAGCCAGGAGCCUGAGAUGAAGCAUGGGGCUCCCUAUGCUUUACGGGACGGUGAGUUGGUGAUGCAGAGGGGCCAUCUGACCAUCCAUGGGGGCCGGAACCUGACCCAUACGCUGGCCACGGCGAGGAGGUUUGUUUUCCGUAAGGGCAUGCCAGUGUAUGUUAAGGAGUACGAUUCGGAAAACCUGUCCAGAUCAGAAGCGGCGGGAACGACAGAUCCCUUCGAGCAGCCUACUUUCACUGAUAAUAACAUCAAAGUCUGGGCAAUGGCGAUUAGUCCUUCUGGUGCACCCAACAAGAGCCCUAAAAGUCCGCGGAAGAGAAGCCUGGACGAGUUCCAGGAGCGAGAAAGUACGGAAAGAAGUCUGGACCAGCGUACUAAGGACCAGCUGAUGCGUCAGUCGGUUGUUUCCGAUAUGUUCAACUCUUCCUGGCGUUUAGACUCGUUGAUUGAGAUGCCCUUGGCGACUGUCAAGAUGCCAGCCACCAUUUUCGUCCGCAACCCAGUGACGAAGGAUCUUGAACAGUACAAGGGUCCCAUGCCAGGAGAUGACAAGCCUCUGCCAGAUAUCCGGGUUCUUGUUCGUCAACCCUGGCCUGGUGCGUCGAUCGAGAAGCUCCCACCGACCACUCGUUCGGAAGAAGCGCUGUCCUACAUCGUCAAGAACCACGACAUCAGAGGUAAAUUCGACCCGAAAAAGGCACAGGAAUUGAAAGUUCCCAAGGGACCAUCGUAUGCUGCUCUGACCAGGGGCCAGAGCGUGCAAUCGGAGGACGGCAAGACGAUCACUCCGGACAUGGUUCUCGGACCACCACGCCUUGGGAGAGGAACCGCCAUUAUCGACUUGCCCACUCCGGACUACGUUGAGAAUCUGGUGAAUCGCCCUGAGUGGAAAUCGCCUGCUAUCACAAACAACUUAGAGGCCUUUUUGUGGAUUCUGGGACCUGGUGUCGGUGAACAUCCACGGCUGAGGGAAUUCGUUGCUAGCUGGCCGCACUGCAAGCAUAUAGUAUCGGGCACGGAUUACUGUCCCAACUACCUGGCUCUGCACAGCGUUGCAGGGUCAUCUAUCCGCCUGGCGAAGCUCAAGGGUGAUAGCUACUCCAUCCCUUUCCAUGACAAUGUGACCCUCCCACAACCUGGAACGCCCACUGCUGGUUCCAAGUCUACGGUAGAGUCUAUCAAGAACUCUCCCUUCCAGCCUGCUGAACGUGGUCUGAUUCUCGAUAUGGAGCCGAAUUUCGGAGUCAACCGAUCAGAGGUCGUGCCUCUGUUUAACCCUUCUCUUACAGUCUCGCGUAUCCCUCGCUCCGUGGAACAACGUAUGAAAGCCAUUCGUCGAAGAGUCAGCAAGCCGUCUUUCCAGCAAGAAUUGGAGGACUUGCAGAAAAGCAUACCUGGCGCAGAUGCGGAGAUCAUUACCCUAGGAACAGGGUCGUCCGUGCCAUCCAAGUACCGCAACGUCUCUGCUACGCUGGUCAAGGUUCCAGGUCAUGGAUAUUAUCUACUCGACUGCGGUGAAAAUACUCUUGGCCAGUUGAAACGCGUCUUUGGACCUGAGCAGUUGAAGGAGGUUCUGCAGAAUCUCCGGAUGAUCUGGGUCAGUCAUCUGCAUGCGGACCAUCAUCUGGGCACCGCCUCUGUGAUCAAAGCAUGGUACAGGGAGAACUACGGGGACCGUCCUGAUUCAACCGAGAUGAUAGAAAUGGACAUGGCCAAGAUCCUUCAGGAUAAACGUCUGUUUGUCGUGUCCGAGGAGAUGAUGAUUGGCUGGCUAGAGGAAUACGCCUCGGUGGAGAACUACGGUUUCGACAAACUUGUCCCUCUGGCAGUCUAUCCGUAUCACAAGGAAGGUAGUAUCAAGACCACCUUGAGAUAUCGCCAUGUCCGUGGCGACGGUACCUAUCCAGGAAGUGAAGCUGUUGAUGCUAGACCUCGCACGACAGAUAUGACCUUUGAAGAUACCAACUCUCCAUUGACGAAGCUUCUUCGGGAGCGUACGGGUCUCGCAGACCUCCUCACCACUAGGGUCAAUCACUGUCGUGGAGCCAUGGCUGUUUCACUGGUGUUCCCGGAUUCCUUCAAGGUGUCUUACUCUGGUGACUGUCGUCCCUCUGCCAACUUUGCCACCAUCGGACGUGACUCCACUGUUCUCAUCCACGAAGCCACGUUUCAAGAUGACAUGGGUGUGUCGGCCAUUGCCAAGAAGCACUCUACAACCGCAGAGGCCCUCGAGGUCGGCCGUCAGAUGCAAGCCCGUACUAUCCUUCUGACCCACUUCAGUCAACGUUACCAGAAAGUGGCCAGCGCGGAACAGCGCAUGGGAACUGUCAAAAACGAGGACCCUGCUGCCGUUGCUGCUAUUGCUGCAGCAGAGCCCAGACCCGUGGACAUACCUGUCGACGAAGCCGAUUCGAACGAAAUCAAUGUAUCCGGAAACCAGCCUCGUGAAGAUCGCAAGGCUCCAGUUGCUGUCGCCUUUGACUACAUGCGCCUACGUGUUGGCGAUAUCCCUGUCGCUCAGGCCUAUGCUCCAGCACUUGAGAAGCUGUUUGAAAUUUUGGAACGCGCUGCAGCUGAAGAUGCUUUCAGGGUGAAGGAAGAGCAGCAGCAGCAGCAGACGGAAAACAAAAACCAAAAGAACAAGCAGAACAAGCAGAACAAGCAGAAGGGCAAGAAAGGAAAGCAGCAAGAACCAGCCGUCUCUCCGGGAGCAAUGGACCUGGACACCACAAAGGCCCAUAACGUCGUCAAGAGGCGCGUUUCUGUUUGGAGUGCUAGUGAGAGCGAGGAGGGCUGGAGUGUCAGUGAGACUGAAAGCGAGUCGAAUUACCGUAGGAGGUCCAGCCGGAGCCGCAGCCGCAGCCGCAGUCGGAGUGGAAGUGACGCGAGGAUGAAGGGCUCCUCUUGAAUAUAUCGGCCAUUCUUGGUAUAUAACGAUAUCAUGUACUACUAUAAAUAAAUAAACACUCUCAUAGAUAUAGAGAACCAUGGCAAGUAGCCUAGAUAAAUGCGAUGAAAAUCCAUACUUUGGCAUCGGGCUCGGCUCCUAGUCGCAGAUUCAACCACUGUACUUAAGCAAUCCUCUUACCACUCUCAAAAGAUAAAAAGUAUACAACUUAAGAUCAACUCCAACAGCCCUUUCAAUCUUCCCUUCCUUAUACUCCUUCGUCCUCUCCCGAAGUAUCAUCCACUCCACGCACGCCUUUACGUUUUAUUAAUGUCCGAAAUAAUCCUACAGGCAUAUCUGUCAUCCCUUCUGCAGAAAACAUCUACGGUAUCAAAUGGAACUGCCUAUCGGGG